AACUAGUCAAGUUGUGACUCUACACAGUGCCAUUUCUGAUUGUUAUCUUUCAAAACACUUCUUUUUCCUGUGCCCUUCAGGAGAUUAUAAUAGCUUGCAGUUCAGUCUCUAAGGGCCUUCCUAAUUGAUCUUUCUCCUCAAACAAAGUAAGCAGCGAUCCCUGCAUUUCUGAAGAAGACCUCAAGAUCUGGACUUGUGGGGAAUUUCAGCAAGACAGACCUUGAGAGAUGGAGACAGAAUGCAAGAGAAUUCUUCUGCUGAAAGGGCUUCAGCCCCUCAACGACGACCAGUUUAGCAUGGUUAAGUCCCUGCUGGACUCUGAUUUGGGACUGACUCCAAAAAUGAAAGAAGACUAUACCAAGGUCAAGAUUGCUGACAUGAUGCACAAGAAGUUCCGGGGGAUUCUCUGUGUGAACAAACUCCUGACGCUGCUCAAAGACAUAGAAGGACUAGAAGACACUGUGAAAUCUAUUAAAAAUGAGAAGAGAAAAGUUAUGAAGAAGUACAAAACACAGGGACUGGCUCCAGUGAAGAAAAGAAAGCAGGAGGCGUCCAGUACUGACGAAUCGACAUCCACCGCAAACAAGGCUUCACGGCCAGUGGAUGAUACACUUGUGUCGAAGAAAAGGAAAACUAAAACCACAAGCAAAAAUAAAUCUAACAAGACACAGCCAACGUCGGAAUGGGGUCAGCUUGGACAACCUUCGGUCACAGGUGCCCUGUCACCUGCGAGCUUCUCUCAGCCGCCUCAGAUGCCUCCACCAACUCCGGGCAGCAGUUUCUCGACCAAGAAAAGAAAAACUAAAGCCACAAGCAGUGAUAAAUCGAAGACGAUGCAGCCAACGCCAGAAGGGGAUAAGCUUGGACAACCUUCAGUCACAGGUGCCCUGUCACCUGCGAGCUUCUCUCAGCCGCCUCGGAUGCCUCCACCAACCCCGGGCAGCAGUUUCUCGACCCAGAAAAAGAAAAUGCAAAACACAAAUACUGCAAAAUCUGAGACGACGCAGCCAACGCCGGAAGGGGAUAAGCUUGGACAACCUGCAGUCACAGGUGCUCUGUCACCUGCGAGCUUCUCUCAGCCUCCUCGGAUGCCUCCACCAACCCCGGGCAGCAGUUUCUCGACCCAGAAAAUGGAAACCCAAACCAUAAAAACUGAAAAAUUUGAGGUGAUGCAGCCAAUGCCGGAAUGGGGUCAGCUUGGACAACCUUCCAUCACAGGUGCCCUGUCACCCGGGUCCUUCUCUCAGCCUCCUUGGAUGCCUCCAUCAACCCCGGGCAGCAGUUUCUCGACCAAGAAACCAAGAUUGAAGUCUGUACCUACAAAAGCUUCCAGAGAAGAGGGUUUACAGACAUGCACCAAGGAAGUGAUGGUGCUGAAAGCCACAGAGCCAUUCGCAUAUGACAUCACAGACGAGGAGAGAAAGAUGUUUCACGCCACUGUGGUUACUGAGAGCCAGUUCUUUCGAGUGAAGGUUUUUCAUGUCGGCCUGAAGGACAAGUUCAUACCAAAGAGAGUCAUCACCUUAGCAGAUUAUAUUGGCCGCAACGGGUUCCUGGAGGUGUACAAUGUCUCUUCUGUGUCUGAUGUCAGUGCUGACCGAAAGAUGGAGGUCUCAAGCAGACUGAUCCAAAAUGCAAAUGCAACUCCUAAAAUCAAGGAGCUUCGCUCAGAAGAGCCAGGAACAUUUGUGAGUGGGGUGUAUCAGGUGCAUAAGAAAAUGGUGUUGGAUCAAUGCAUCACUUUGUAUGAAAUACAAGAUGAUACGGGGACGAUGGACGUCUUGGUGUAUGGACGACUGGCCAAAGUCAACUGUGAGAAAGGCGAUAAACUCACACUCAUCUGCUUUGAACUAAGUGGGGAUCUAAGACAGCUGAGAUCUGUAACUCACAGCUUCAUCAAGGUCAUCAAGCCCAGGAAAAACAAGAAACAACAACUCAACCCUGAUUUGUAUAUGAAAACCCCAGCAUAACGUCCUUCUAAAAACCCGGAUGCCAUUAACGAUGUACAUGGAAAUAAAAUCCAAAUACAGAAAAGCUAUAUAUGUACAUGAUAGAAAUUCAGUGAUAGGUAUACCAGCUGUUAAUUCUAGGAAAUAGAGUGUUAAUGGAUGCUUUUUAUUUUCUUUUUAUAUUUUUCUGUGCCACCCUAAUGCCAUAUUUUGCAUGUAUAAUUUUUAUAAUUUGGGAAAAAAUAAUAAACUUUUUUUUUUGCUAAAGGA